GGGGGCCCGCCGGGCGGUGGAGGAGAGAAGAGUAACGCAGCAACAGGUGGAACCAAUGAAACUGGAAUUCGAGGAAAUGCACUGGAACUGGCAGGAACUGGAAGCGGGGGAAGUUCGAGAAGGUCUCUUCCCCAUUGUCCAGGGACCCGUACCCAAAUGGAGACCCCGGCCAUGGACCCAGCCCCACCUCACAGUCCUUCUAGAGCACAACUACAGCAAACUUCCCCAGCGCAACCCAGAAUUCCAGCCAGCAAUACAGGCACCAGCUCCUCCCCAUCAGCGCCAUCGGCACUAGGGAAUAUCAACAGGACAAAACAGAGCCCCCCUGCUGCGAGCGUGAAUCAGGUCUCAGGCUCCCCGUAUGCUGGCAGCAGGGACGGACCAGUCUGUGUCACUGUGUCCCCAGCAGGUUCCAGCACAAAGGUGACCAAGGUAGCACCCACGGCCUUAGGAGGGACCAGCUUAGAUGUUUCCAAAAGCAGUUCUUCCCCUCUGAUGUCCUCACUGACAUCCACGAGCCCAGAAGCCCUGGCUGGAGGUGUGGUCACACCCGUGUCAUCUGUCCCACCCUCUAACACGUCAUCAGUAGCGCCUAGCCUUAAAACUCCUGCAAGCUCCAGCUCCAGCAGGGCCCUCCCAAAACCAAGCUCCAGUAUUCCUGCCAACAACCCUUUGGUCACCCAGCUUCUUCAAGGCAAGAACGUCCCUCUGGAGCAAAUCCUGCCGAAGCCUCUCACCAAAGCAGAGACAAAACCCGUCCCAUUAGCUGUCCCAUUAGCUUCUCAUGAAGAAAAAGGGGCGGCAGCAGCAGCACCCAGUGCUACGAACGUCGCAGGGAACGGUGCUGCAGCCGAGGGCGGUGAAAGACAAUCGGGUUUACCCCCACAACAGCUCGGGAAGAUCUUUUGCCAGAACAGGCCUCUGCCUCACAUUCCAAGGACCUUUCCGCUGCCCUUGGGAAAGGACCUCAGCCUUGACCAGCAGCCGUGCCACGAAGCGCUCAGCAAAACAACCCAAGAGCAGAUCCUUCAGACGCUUAUCAAGAGGGUCCAGAGGCAGAAUUUGUUGCCAGUCCUUCAGCCUUCACAACUGAACCUCCCUCACUCAGGUUUCCAGUUAGAAAACAGCUCCACCAGCCAGAGAUUUAUGCUGGGUUUCAUGGGCAGAAGGACAUCCAAGCCUGCGAUGUCCGGUCAUUAUCUGCUCAACAUUUCCACCUAUGGCCGUGGUUCAGAGAGUUUGAGGAGAGGCUUCUCCCUGAACCCUGAAAACCGCUUGUGUCUGAACAGUCCUGCUGAUGCUCCAAAACCAGAAUUUGGGGAAGGUGAGGAGACAGCUGGCCAGGGCGGCAGCAGCGAUGAAGGAGAGGCAGAUGAUGAGAGUACUGGCGACGAACGUGAACCUGUCCGUGUAAAAGAGGAGCCCCAGGCCGCCCAGGUGUCGGGUCAGUGUGGAAAAGAACAGGUACCACACAGCAUCAAUUUGGAUUACAGCGCCCUUGCUAAAAAGGGCAUGAAGGCAGACGCAGCCGCCUCUCAGCAAGCCACGGUCAACACGGAGAACGUUCAGGCAUUUGACGGAACUACGCUAGCACGAGAUUUCAUUCAAGCCGCUCAAGAGCAAAUGGCCCACGCGAUGCGGGGGAAGAUGCACGGCACCCCGGAGCUGUUCAGUACCUCUGUACCGUCCUCGGACUCUGCGCAGCAGCAGCCUCCGCUGCUCUCUCCUUCGCACCCUCCAAAGCUAGCUGGGAACGCUGCAGCACAGCUCCUUGGGCCGAGUUACAGCGGCACCAUAAAUGUCUCCACCUCCCCGGACGUGAACCAAGGGUCUCUCAUGAGCGGGCUGUCUGAGUGCAGCCAGUUGUCCAGCAGCAUGGGGAACGUCAUGUCCUUUUCUGUGACUGUCACCACCAUUCCCACCAGUCAAGCUAUGAACUCUGGCAACCCCGCUCAGACCAUCCCUGUUCAGGCCUUCGCUGAAGACAGCAGCAUGGAGGAUUCCCCUUCCAAGUGUUACUGCAGGUUGAAAGCCAUGAUCAUGUGCAAGGGCUGCGGUGCCUUCUGCCAUGACGAUUGCAUCGGCCCCUCGAAGCUCUGUGUCUCCUGCCUCGUCGUGCGGUAA